AUGAAAAAAAUAAGUUUAUGGUCGUCUCCUCCUCCAGUCUUGAUCAGUCCGCAUGACUCAGGACAGAAAAUUUCAAUUAAUUAUCCAACUCGAGCUUCCUUUUUGCAUUAUUUGAACAAAUUGGAGGCUCCAAAAUCAUCGAGUAGUAGGUUACUGCUAGAUAAAAGACUGGCGCCAAAAUACAUGCUCGAAGAUUGUCCAAAGUUUAAUAUUUUCAAGUUAGCCAAAAAUGACCCAACUAAAGAACUUAAACGGCAAGCGAAUGAAAAAAAGAUUGCGGAACGGGCUCGAUAUACUCAAAUGGGAAGUGCUUUUAAGAAGAUCCCAAAGAAUUAUCGACAACCGUUCACAGCAGUCAAUGAACUAAAAGAAUUUGUCCACCAUGAAAAUAUCAGUGAAAUCUAUACCCACGGAAGACUCUUUGGUCCUCAACGUCUAACCUUUCAACCUAAGAAUAAGCAUAACGUCCCACUCUUCCAGAAAGAGAAGAGUAUUAAAUUUGAAAUCCCAGAAUCCAUAGAAUCUGGAAGCAAAAAUGAUGAAAAGUCAUCAGAUGAAAGUUUAAUGAGCAAGGGUACGGGGUCAGUUUCUUCAACUUCCUCAUAUUCAGACAGUUUCUCUGAGAAGGGUGCGCCUUUAUUUAAUCGAUCUUCAUUUCAAACCGUUUCUGGGAAUAAAAUAAGUGUUUGGGUGGCGGAUAUAUAUCAUGAUAACUUUAGCAAAACAAGAUCUUUUAUUGAGGAUAGGAAAAAUAUCUGUCUAAUGAAUCUUUCAACUCGAUUAAAUGAACAAGUAAUCGCCAGGUUAAAUAACAGGAGCCAAGAGGAAACCAACUAUCUUGCCCUAGCUGAGGGCGAGUUGAUCUCCCAACGUGAGGAUCAUGACAGAUUUAUUCAGGAAUUAACUCUCCGUACAACCGAAUCUAUCAAAAGAGCUGAGGAAGCGAAUUCAAAGCGUGUUCACCGAAAGGACAUGCUAAAAAGAUUUACGCAUAGGAUUAAUGCUAUGGAAGCUGAAUACAUAAAACUUGAAGACGAGUAUAAGAGGCUAAAAACGUAUAAAGAUUUUCUGGAUAGCGUUGCCAAGGACGUUGAAGCAAAGCGAGAAUCGACUCGAAUGGCAGCUUUGAAACUCUCACUAAUAUCUGAGGAAAAGAAGGAAAGAGAGGAACAGGAGGUUGGAAAAACUCAAAAUUCUGAAGUCAUAAGUGACAUCUUUGAAACUCCCCUAGAUUUUAUUGAUUUGUUAACGGAGCUUGAGUCGGAUAAUUUGACUCUUAUUGAGAGUAUUCAGGAACAAGAUGAGGUACUGGAACUACUACGUUUCAAGAUUAAGAAAGUGGAAAAACUUCUUGAUGCUCAAAAGUCGACAUGGGAUGAAUAUAUCUCGCGCCAAGAAAAUAUAAAUGCCGAUCUUCUAAAAAGUGCAGCUGAGAUCGAGUCUGCAAGAAGUCAGAUUAAAACCUUCUCUCAAUUAAAAAGAUAUGAGGCUUUUGCCCUUGGAAGCCUUGAUCAAUUUGAUCCCCCGUGGUUGAAAGACGACAAAGCUAAUAGAAAAUUAGACAAAGUUGUUGACAAAUCAACUAUUGAACAAUUAUUGGAUGUUCUUCAAAAGCAGAUAAAUAAAAUUUACUGCAAAGUGUUCAGAAAGGAAAAGUCAACAAAGUUAGGUAUAAUAGUGAUGCUAAAAAAUCUUGAAUCAACCAUGGAUGAUCUUGAUAAAAGGCAGUUGAAAUACGACCGAAUGGCUGUUCUGAAGGCCAAAAAGGUUGUGGAUGAGUACAAUAGGGCCGUGGCUAGAGAGCAUCGAAGGGCUAUCGAGGAAAGGACCAAUGAGAUCAGACGAAAGAAGGCAUUUGAGCGGUCUUUGGAACCCCCGAAAUAUCAUCGAGGACGGCGCGUUAUUGAACGCUCAUUGCCUCCUGCGUGUAAAAGGAGAGUUCUAAAGACUGAAAAGGAGGAGACGUCUGCAGAUGAUGAUAAUAAAGAUGCAUAUUUAUUUAAAUAG